ACUAGAGGCGAUGCAGGGGAAUUAAAGGCCGCCAGGGAAGACACUGCAUUUCAAGGAAUACGGCCAGCCAGAAAUAAUUGGAAACCGUUGGAUAAAACAGAUGUUGAAGGAAGUGAAUAUAAGCGUUACGGACCGGACCUCGUGUGUUUGGAGUCACCCUGCUCAAAUAUCUGCUUUUUCAUCUCCAGUCACAGGACAUCGGUAGCCGAGUGCCCGGCGGCUUGCUAGCCCCGCAGUCCUUCCAAAAAUCUCCGCUCCAGUAUCACAGAUCUCAUCUGUUUUUUUGUUGUUGUUUUUUUAAAGCGUUACGAAAGCUAGCCCGCAUCAGCGGAACUGAUCCGACCCGCCCGUUUUCUGUCAUUAAAGUAAAGGUAUGACCCGCUAGUCCUCUGUUGCAAAUCUGACCGCUAGGAUCAAGCUAGCAUCAUCUGGAGUUGGGUGGACGCGCGGCUCCCACUCAAACACCCACAGCAUCCCUGCCUGGGACGCGUUCAUGCCCGUGCUGCUGCACUGGAAUGCUAACUAAUGAGCAAGUGGCUUUAACAUGACGAGGAACAUUUUGCCCCAUAACCGCUCAAGGCUGUUAGGUGCUACACAGACAUUCUUUAGAUGCCAAAUGUAAUGACCGUCCCGAGCUCGCACCAUGUAUGUGGCUGGCCGAGUCUGUCUCCAGCCUUGCGGGUGACACUCUCACAGGUACCGGCGGUUCAAAGCAAACAGCGGCGGCGCUGAAACACCGUCGCCGGGUAUUGCUGAGAGAGACUUGAAGUGAGCUUGCCAGUGCAAGCUAGGAGACUAUUAGCACAAUAUAGAACCCUUAAACAGCACCAAUGGUAUCCCACAAGGUUUUAGUUGCAAUAAUCCUAUUAAAUGUGUACAUAGGUGUACAGUCCGUUUUUUACUUUUUCGGCGGCGUCCUUUUAACGGGCUUGUUUGCUAUGGCAAUUUUAAAUGGACCCAGGCUUCUGGACUGGGCGAGUUCACCUCCACAUCUACAGUUUAACAAAUACGUCCUAACGGGAUACCGGCCAAGCUCCUCUGUGCAAGACUGCAUAAGAAGCCUGUUUUACCUGCACAAUGAACUUGGAAACAUAUACACUCACGGCAUCCCUUUGGUUUGCUUCCUGGUGCUGCUUCCUCUCCACAUCCCCUGGUCUCAAAUCAGCGUCACGUGGUUGGGCGUGGUGCACUUCCUGGCUUGCCUCUCGCCCCAGCUGGGCUCUGUGCUCUACCACCUCUUCAUGAACCACGAGGGAGGGGAGCCCGUCUACCACACCCUCCUUAAACUCGACGUGUGUGGAAUCUGCAUGAUCAACACAUUGGGGGCGCUGCCCAUUGUCUACAGCACGCUGCUGUGCUACCCGUUCAUCCGCACUGUGGCCCUGUUAGUCUACAUCCUGCUGUCCAGCCACGCCAUCUACUGCGCCGUCACGGCUCGGAGCAGCGUUCGCCGAUUGCGCUCCUUCGCCUGGCAGGCGCUAUUCCGCUUCUCCUUCUUCUUGCUUCGCGGGGUGGGCUUGGGUGGCGGCAGCCCCACCUCACUACGCCACUUUCUCAUGAUGGAUGCGCUGGCCGUGCUGGGCGGGGUCAUAAACAUCAUGCGCAUCCCGGAACGCUUCCGCCCGGGCCUUUUUGACUACUGGUGCAACAGCCACCAGAUCAUGCAUGUACUGGUGGUAGGCUCCAUCCUUUACCUACACUGGGGUGUGCUGGACGACCUGCUGUGGAUCAACAGCUACAACUGUCCCUCAGACUGACAUCCCCCCCCCCAUACAAGGAGCACUGGGAUGUAAGGUUAUAGGACCUCUGAGGGGAUGGGGGUGUCUGCAGAGGGAAAGAGAAGGAGGGUAUUCAGGGGGAACUGAUGCAGUGAGGUGAGACAAUAUGUUCUCUGUGCAUGUGUUCACCUCAUGCGCUUAAACUCAGAAUGUUCAUAUCUACGUCCAUCUUGUUACUUUGUGCGAAUGUAGGCAAAAGUAUGUCAAGUAACACGCACAAGCAUUUUGACUCUGUCACUCUCCAUAAACAUGGAAACAGGUGUAUACGGACACACACACACACACACACACACACACACACACACAGCAAAAUGUAACUGUAUUGAACACUGGAAAGUCUUAAGUAAAGGAUCUAGUAAAACGUUACUGCUGAGUAUAAAGCCUUUACUUGAUAAUAGAAGUGAUGAUUAACAAACCACAUUAUCCGAUGUGGUUGGUUAAUCUGAUGCUGUUGGUUAAGACAGUCUGCAGCUAGAAGAUAUUGCAUGCCCUAUGCAGCACAUCCAUAUCUCAACACAUGCACAUCACACACACUACACACAAGUCAGACACCCUCACACCUAUAUUUUUAUACUACAUGUACAUACUGUAAGUGCUGCACAAAGCGCUCAUAGUUUUCACUACGUCCAACUGACUGACUUUUACAAGACUGGUUGUUUUGUCCGUGUUUCCUUGUUUUCCGCUACUGCCUCUUUCUUUAUGUGUGGGUCAGUCUGAUUUGUUCUUAAUGUCACAAGAUGACGAGGAAAUGAAGAUGGGUGAGGGGGUUCAUUCCUGAGUGUGCCAGCAUGUUGGCAAUGAGUUUACUUGCUUUAGGUGGCUUGCACCACACAUUACAAUCAAUUGUGCAGUGUUGUCGGUUUCCAUUGCACCUGAGCUCCUUGCCAAUGAUAUUUAGGCAUUUUUAAGAAAUCAGAAAAAAGAGAAAAAGUGCAAUAGUUUACAAACUGUGUUGUUCAAUGGCAUUAUUGUUCGCCAAACUUUUACUUAUGGGAAUAAGCAAAGUCGUUAUUUAUUAUUGUGCAUAUAUGAUAACUUCCCAUUGUAAGGAAGAUUGUGGAAGAUUAUGUUUUAUAACUUUUAAGUUUAUGCACAUUUGUUCUGUAGAAAAACCCUCUAAUGUGCAUUUUAAAGUGACUGAACAGGCACUCUAAUCCCACCAUAUGUAUAUUAGCUUGUGAUGUAAAUGUAAAGUAGCAGCAAGAUGCCCUGAAAGUUAAGGGAUCGCCACUUAAAAACUGUCAACUUUUAAGGAAACUUGAUUGUAAUUGUAAGUUUCUAAACAGUUGAUUAUCUUUACACUGUAACCCUGUUUAGAAAAACAACAGCUGAAACCAACCUGCGUAUUGGCACAACGUGCACAAAAUACUGUAAUGAAAUUAUAUAUUUAUUAUGCUUUGUAUUUAUUUGCUGAUACAGUUAACCUUGUGUCUUUGUCAACUGCUUAAACAGUUUACGUUGUUGCUGUGCAGGAUCACUGGCUAACAGAUCAAGUUAGAGGUCAGAGAAAAUCUUUAGUUUUAUACAAACCGUGCAAAUCCCGAGGAUUAGCUCCUCAUAUUCUCCCCACACAAUUUUUUUCCACUGAUGUUCGACUUCUCAGUCACUCGGUAAUAUUGUAGAAAAAGACUGGUCUCCAUGCAUUACAAUUCACAAUAAAAUUUGCAGUAAUCAGCAAGAAAAAAACAGUUAUGUGACUUUAAAAACUUGUGCAGCCCUCUUCUGAAGAUUUAUGUUAUUUCUUGGACUUGAAUGAAAAUGGCUUUUUACUGUAUUUGGAUGUUUACUUGAAAUUGAUGGUUUAUAAGGGUCAGUCAUUAUUGCCACACAAUGGUGCACGUUGCCAUUAUUUAUGCUUUGUUAUUUAAAUGCAGCGCUUUUGCCCUGCAGCUGGAUUUGUGUUCUUUGACUAGCACCUUUUUAACUCAAACAGAGGUUACACACUGUGUCUUUUUAAGUUAGUUAUUAGUAUUUUAUUACACUGGCCUAACCAAACAGGAAUGAACCCCUGUGCCCUCCGGUCAUGUAUAAGUUACAUCAGUUCUGUGUGAAUGUCCAUGAUUGAUGGACGAUGAUUGUUUUGCCACUAUAAUCCUCUGUGGUAUUUCAGUUACUCUAAAGUAAGAGUAACUGUUGCACUGUACUUCAUGCUCAAGACUAGUGGUUGAUUUCUUUUCCACAGGCAGACUUUACUUUCUUAAUGACAUUGCACUUGCUUCCCAUGACAAUAGUCACAGCCGCCUACUGACUAGUCGCCAAUCCCUUCAGACCCACUUCAUCUUGCCAAAUAAGCAGCGUAUGAGGUGUAGCACGUCCUCCGCUUCCUGUGCUAACACUGACUCAUAGGUGAAAAAGGAUUUCCCACAGUCUUAAACACGUACACUAGCCUCAGACUGCGUCCCCGCACCCUUCUCCUAGAUAAAGAGUCAGAUACUUACGUCUGCUAGUCUCACUCUGACACAGUGAUUAUUACAUACUAUGCCCGUCGUAUAAUGUUAAAGCUGAAACUAAUGUAUUAUUGGCCAUUGAAUGAAACUGAAAAAAUGCAUGAAAGUAGCUGUAAAACAGAACCUAACGUUUCAUAGUGUUAGCUAAUUGUUUGUUCAUUGUAGUCACUCAAAGGCCAUGUCUCACGCUCCUGGAAAUGACUGUGUGGGU